CUAUAGGCUUAAUUGUGUUCUUAUUAAUUAGGCUAAUUAAUUAGUUGAUUGGUUAAUUAAUUAAUUAAUGUUCGUUUGUUUGUUUUAAUGCCCUUUAUUAGCCUACUUGGUGCUGUCCUUUUUCUGAUCUAAUUCUGGGACCUAGGCUAUUAAAUAAUCGCGCUGGUGGGCUGUGCUGUUUUCCUGUAUCAAUCGAUGACUGUAGGAUCAUGCACUCUCCAAUUACGCACUUGAGUUCCAGCGCGUGGGUGUUGGCUUUGUGUGGUCUUUUACAUACUUUCACAUCCCUACCCACAUCAGAGGCUGCAACUUUUGACCCAUACUUCGGAUAAGCAGCGAUGCUCCUGACCCUUCCGAGUCGCGGAAAACCAUAAUAAAUCUGACUGGUUUCAUUUCAGUCUGGGGGCUUAAAUCGUUGCUGCAUCUCCCGCGCAUGCGCACAGACACAGCCGGCGCCCGUGCCCGUUUCGACGUUGGGGAAAAAGUUGCGUGUGGACGUGCGUGUGCGCGCGCGUGUAUGCGUUUGUGUGUGUGUGUAUGUGUGUGCGUUUAAAAUGAGCGAGUAACAGGGAGAAGCGGGUGUGAGGAGUUCAGUGGGCGAAUCACCGACUGAAUCAUAUCAAGCAAGAUGAAUUCUGGGACUCGAGUCUUUCUAAUGACAUUAAAGAAGAAUAAGCAGGAGAUAUGAUCUGAUAGGCGGGCACGAGCUGCGCUGAGCCACUGAUGCCAUGCUGAACUUCAGAAGAGGAGCAGCUGAGAAAUAAAGGGAAAAGAUGGAUGACUGUCUUCAGAGGAGUCUGAGCGUUUUGGACCGCCUCCUCCUCACACACUCCAUCUGGCUCCAACUGUCAAUCAACCCUGACUCCGCCCUCUGCAUCCUGCAGAGAGAGAUAGCUGGGACUUUUCUGGUGUGUAAGUGUGCAGUCACUCAGAGGAAGGUGCUGUGUGUGAGGGUUCAGGAAAGCAAUGUGUGUGUUGCACAAUAUCCCAUCCGGGAGGAAGACUCCACAUUCUCUCUGGAGAGCUCAGCCCUGAGUUUUCCUGAUUUGUGCAGAUUAGUGGCCUUUUACUGCAUUAGCAGGGAUGUGUUGCCUUUCCCACUUGAGCUUCCUGAAGCUAUCGCACAGGCCACCAACCACACACAGCUAGAGAGCAUCUCACACCUUGGCUUGGAGUUCUGGAGUUCUCAGGCCUCCCCUGGCCCCCCCAACGGCCCUCCCACCAUGUCUGUGACCUGGACAUCCAGGCCACGAUCGCCGUGUUUCAUCAAUCCCCUCUUCCUGCAGCCUUCCCAGCCAAGUCGAGAGGCUUCACACAAACGCCACAGAUUGAAACGCAGUCUGCGUGUCCGCGUGUCCACCGAAUCGUCAUUCAGCCUGACCCCUGGAGACUCGGAGUGGAGCCAGGGCGACUCGGAUGUGCUGAGGAGUAACGAGAGGAUGGCACGGAGGGCAGGUGGCCUGAGCAUGCUUCGAAGAACUGCUGCUCUGGUACCUACGUCAGAAGAAGAGGAUGAGCAGAUGCUGGGAGAGGUGCCUCCAACAUCAGCCCCACAGCCGGAAAAAAACGAGCUUAAGGACCUACCACAGGAUGAGGGGCUCUGCUUGGCAUUGGAGCGACGACAUGCUCCUUCUCUCGCCGAACUGGACAGCAACAGUUCCUUCAGCAGCCUGGAAGAGGAAGAGUCGCAGCCGGACUCGGCGCUGCAGUGGCCUCCCCUCACGCGGGGCACCCGUUUCCCUGUCGCCAACCCUGCCUCCACCCUACGCCGCAUGAGUGCUGCAUUCGUGUGUGUUUUUGCUCCUGAGCGGCGUGUGGCCCGGCUGGUUGACGAGCUGUCCCGAGACAGGCGCUCUGCCUUUGGAUCGCUGAUCCAGGAUUUCUUACUAAAGCAGAAGGAAGAACUGAAGGUGCCGAGUUGGAGCUCAGCCGUGGAGCUGCUUCAGGGAUUGAGGAGGUUCCUUUCCCAGGCCAAGAGUCUGCUUCUGGAGGCUGGAGAACUGGAACCUCCCAUAGAGACCCUGGUGCCUGAGAAUGAGAAAGAGCUGGCUUUGGAGAAGGCUGUGUUUGGUUGUGUACUGAAACCACUGAAAGUUCAGCUGGGCCAGAUGCUGCUCACGCUCCACACACAGGAUGGCACUCUCCAGAGAUUCACUAACAGCCUGCAGGCCUGUCAGGAGGGGGCCCUACAGCGCCUGGGUGUACGCGUGGCGGUCCUGGAUGCUCAAGGUGUGGAGAGAGCAAAGAAAAAGCUCAAUCUAAUGCAGAGAAGCCACUCGCCCAUAGACAAAGUGCUGCUUCUGCUACAGGUGUGCAAGAGUGUGUACAAGGCCAUGGGAGCACAAUCUGAACAGGAAUUCAGCUCGGAGGAUUUCCUGCCUGCUCUGUCUUAUGUGGUGGUUCAGUGUAACAUCCCACAACUGCUGCUGGAGACGGAGUACAUGAUGGAGAUGCUGGAGUCGUCUUGGCUGUCAGGAGAGGGAGGGUACUACUUGACAAGCAUCUAUGCCAGCCUGUGCCUAAUCCAGAGCCAGCCUGGUACCCCGUGUCCUGGUGGUUUAACCAAUGAAGCCCAGGAGAAUCUGAGAGAAUGGAGCAAGAGACGAUCCCAGGAGGCCAAACUCCAUAAAGAGAGCCAGCAGAAUCAGAGGUUUGUACGUAUUCUUUUCCAGAACACUGAGUGUUGCGCAGCCCGUACUCUCCAAUGGAAAGCAGGCGAGAGCGUGGAGGUGUUAACCCGAACCUGCGCAGAGGUGUUUGCUAUAAACGAGCCACAGCAUUAUUGUCUGUUCUGGAGGAAUGCAGGGGAGAUGCAUCCUGUUCCUCUACAUACACAGCCUCACGAGCUGGGUGCCCCCACCCUAUCCUACCUCCGCAAAGAUCACGACUUCAGCAAGAUGCGCAGGCUGACCAGAGGUGGCGCUGUGGAUCUCGAGGAGUCUGCGUGUGAGGAGUAAGGACUUGACUGUACUUUGCUGGGCCUGUUUUCCACAGUGAUGUGGUAUGAGGACUAUGAAGCGAGUGCGUGUGCAUGAGUGUGUGUGUGUGUUUGUGUGAUCGUUUACUUCAGGCCUGGUAAGAACUGAUGAUCAGUUAGGUUCCACGUCAGUACGCCACUGAAGAAACGGAGAGCUCACGGCUGAAACGUGAAAGCUAGAUUAAUGCGGAACGAUACUUGGUAAUAAUGCUUAAAGCAAUAGUUGCCAGUGAAGGGAUCAAGAACUAGCCUACUUUUAAAUUACCUGCUACACAGAAUAUAAAUACUGUUCUAGUUGUCCUUAGAGUGGUUGCCAAGAUUCUCUGCUGAACUUCAAUACCAAAGUGUUGAACAUGAUUCCUUUAUACAGCAUCUUUUUUAACAGGUGGAUGAAUAAAUAAGUAUAUAUAUAUGUAUAUUAUGUACAUUUACAUGUACGCAUCUGAGAUGCCCCGAGUGUCAGUAUUCUAUAGAGUCAGUAAAAAAAAAAAUUAGGCUCUUUCAACUGUAUCGUAGUGCUUUAAUAUAUAUGUAGGAGAAAGCAAAGCAUUUCCGGUCUUGUAAAUAGUUAUAGUUAAAGUGUUUUGAGGUUGUCUUUGGUAUCUUUUUAAACAGUAAACUGGAAAACUGUACUGUAAUUUAUUUUUGAGCUCCUUUAUUUUGCUCAGUACUGACUGAAUGAAAUAAUGUCAGCCUUACAGACUUGGGUAAAUUUGGUAAAUUGCAUUGACUUAGUAAUUGUAUUUGAAUUGUGUAAAUAACCUCUAAGAUGAUCCUGCUGAAUUUUUUUUUUUGUCAUAGUGAAUGUUCCAGUCAUUCCUGCGAAGGUGUGGCUGGACUGUGCAGCUGUACCGUGUUGCAUUCGCUGAAUGUGCUUUAAUGGUAACACCCCAUGGUGCUUUGAAGUGAUCGCAUAAACAUGCUAAAUGGAUUGACUGGUUUUUCGCUGUGUGAACUGACCAUUUUAUCCUGUUUUACUGGAUCUCAUGCAAACGCUGAACUUUGUAACACUUUAUUGCCAUGAUGUAUUGUAUGAACUUAUUCUACUUGAGUGUUCAUUUUAAUUUUAGUGAGGAAAACUUCAACAGUCAGUGCAAAUGGACUUUCUGUUUGGAACGAUGUGUUAAUAAAUACGUGAUCUCUGCAUGCAGCCAGUUGUAAUGAGGUGCCGCCAACGUCGUAUGUGCAUGUUUGAAUUGCUAAAGUGGAAAUCUUAGCUUCCCCCUCCUCCUCAUUGCACUGGUAUGACUUUGUUGUAUUUUUCUUCAGUAACAAAUAACAUUAAAUCUUUGUGGAUGCUAAGAGUCAAAGCCCUGUUUUACUUUCUUUACUUCCAGACCACCUGGGUGGCUUGUGGAGAUGUAGAGGAGCUUAGUGCAGAUGUAUUGCAUACAGAGACUGACUCUGAUGUACUUUCAGUAGCUGUGGAUCAUUCUCUAAUCUUGAGUGCCACCAAUGAUGGUAGCCUGCUGGAGUGUAAUGCAGCAGCUGCACUGAACAUGCUACAGUUUGGUGUUAAUAAUGCUUUGGCAAAACUAAAGCUGGACACAGCUGAGCAAGUGUGUAGUCCAUGUCAUAGUACAUCUACCCAAGUGAGUGACUGGGCAUUAAUUAAUGUGCUCUUAAGAGCACACUGAAACCAUGACAUGAUAUAAGGCCAUGCAAACUGGCAGCAGUGGGAGCCCAAGGCUUGACGUCAAUGGCUCCAAUCAUGCCUCCACAAUAUGAUUCAAAUUAGUGAGUGGUGACACAGCCUAUAUGUGGACCUCUUAUGUCUGGUAUGGAUAUUGGCAACAGCAACCUUAAUACUAAAACUUCAGACCAUUUCAUUGUUGCCUGUCAGCCAUGUACAUUAAAUAGUAGUGACAAUAACGUGUGCGCAUGCCCUGAAGUGUUCAUCUAGUGGAUGUUUUCUCCUGUGAUGUAAACUCCCUGCAAAAAGGGUAAUCACAAUGCCAGAAGCCACCCAGUAGGGAGUGGUGGAACAUAUGGAAAAAUCCUGAAAGUUAAAAAAUAAUAAUAAUAAUAAACAAAAAAGUUGAAAAAAAAAAAAACCCCAGACUUGAUGUCAGCAUAUCAAUGUCUUUGAAAUGAAGACUGUGCCUAGUGCUGCAACAUUUUCAGGAACACCUGAGGGGGUUGCAUCAUAAAGGAGCUGCUUGUAAUUUUUAAAGCCUUCUGCUGAAAAGUCUUUCCCUUCCCACCAACCAACCCUUCCCACUCUGUUGAAAAUGCCUUAUAAGGUAUACAGAGAAUUAAGUGGCUCUGUUCAGGUUGAGUGCAGAACUAAUUUCUGGAAUGGAAAAUGUAUUCAACGUAUCAUUGAAAUUAUAAACAUGAAUAUAACUAGAGUUCUAACUUUAAAACAAGUAGCAUGAAGGAGUAAAAGAACAGAAAGUGAUUACAGGGAGGCAUAAAAUUAUAACUCAGCUAUCAGUUUCAACAAAAUGAUAUUGGACUCGUUUUUCUAUUCUUAAUUACAAAUACAAAGGGUUGUUGUUUUCUUUAAACAACUUAUGUGCCAAUGCAAUAUGAUUAGGCUAAUGUUACAUACAAUAUGACAAUAAAAGUGAGGUGUGGAAGUGCGGAGACAUCAUGGUCGCUUGGAGAUUAGAAAGUUCGGGUCGGUUUGGAUCAUUUCGUAGUCAGGAAAAGCUGCAUGGUUCACUAUAUUCGUACUUUCUUAGCUUUCGAUUAUAUAUGAGAAAGAAUUGGUGGAUUUGUGUGUCAGUAUAGUGCUUGUCCAUAAAUGUAUUUUUGUUUUCAUGCAAGUGCGGGUUCAUUUUGUUCCGCCGCCGAGCUUGUCGAGCACUUUCAGGCCUUUUUCCUCAUACUCGGCUCUCGACAACCAGAACGACUCUUUAUCUUUCAUGAUGUUGGCCAGCACGGCUCCACCCAUGAACACCAUGUGCUUACGGCGAGGGGG